GCUCAGUGAGCAACAGAGAAAGAUGUUUCUGUCCAUCAGCAACAGCACAGUUUGCAUGGGAGUAACCGAGAGCCGGGGCAUCCUUGAGAGCAUCCAGAGGUUCUCCCUGCUGCCCACCUACCUCCCGGUCACCUACCACAUCAACAAUGCUGACGUGUCCUUCUUCCUGAAGGAGGCCAAUCAGGACAUCAUGCGCAACUCCAGCCUGCAGUCCAGGGUUGAAUCCUUCCUCAUCUAUAAAACCAAGCAGCUGCCGGCGCUCAAUGCCAGCUAUGGGCCCUUCUCCAUCGAGCAGGUGGUGCCGCAGGACCUGAUGCUGCCCACCAACCCCUUCGGCUUCACCAACACGUUCUCCCUGAAUUGGAAGCUGAAGGCCUCCAUCCUGCGCGACAAGAUCUACCCGAGCCGCCCCAAGGUGCAGGUCCUCUUCCACCUGCUGGGCCGGGCCUGGGAUGAGCCGCGGCCCACGGAGAGGCUGCCCUGCCUGCGUGUCUUCGCCUUCCGGGAGACUCGCCAGGUGCAGGGCAGCUGCCAGCUGGGCGGGGCCCUGGGGCUGUGUGUGGCAGAGCUGGAGCUUCUGGCCAGCUGGUUCGGCCCUCCGACGGUGGUGGCUGGAAGGAGGAAGCCGGCGGAGCAGCCAGAGGGGAGCCCCGUGGAGCUGUACUACUCCGUGCAGCCCGGGGACGUGCAUGGGGACUGCUCCCAGGAGGACCCAUGGGGGAGCAGCAGCGUGCGGACGGGUCACAGUGACAUCGAGGAGUCCGGGCCACCCUUGCACAGAAUUGGGAGCGUCUACCUCUACCAGACCCACAGCAGCCCAGCCCUGAAGGAGCUGCGCCUGGACAGCAACGUCGCCGUGCACUACGUCCCCAAGACGGCUCACCAGGGUGAUGUGUUGACUUUCCCUGUCUCCGUCUCCAGAAACUGCACGGAGGACCGCUUCACGCUGAGGGCCAAGGUGAAGAAAGGCGUGAGCAUCAUUGGGGUGAGGCCCAGCAGCCCCUCUGUCUGGGACGUCAAGGAGAGCACAGAGCACGCCGGGAAGUAUGCCCCCGCCGUCAUCCUGUGUCACAAGAAGUCUGCUGCCCCUGCCGGCAGUGCAGACAAUAGCUCUGAGGAAGUCAUGCAGAUUGACGUGGAAGUAGAAGAGCCCAGUGACCCUCCAGCCACACAGCUUGUCACAUGGCAGGUGGAGUACCCUGGAGACAUCACCUCCGACCUGGGUGUGUCCAAGAUCUACGUAAAUCAGAAGGACUUGGUCGGAGUGAUCCCGCUAGCCAUGGAGGCGGAGAUCCUGAACACGGCCGUCCUCACGGGGAAGACGGUGGCAGUGCCGGUGAGGGUGGUCUCGGUGGCGGAGGAUGGCACCGUGACUGGGCCACUGGAGUCCGUGGAGUGCAGGUCAUCCGAUGAAGACGUGGUUAAGGUGUCCGACAGGUGUGACUAUGUCUUUGUCAAUGGGAAGGAAAUGAAAGGCAAGGUGAAUGUGGUGGUCACCUUCUCCUACCAGCACCUGGUCAGCCCCCUGGAGAUGACUGUCUGGGCGCCCCGGCUCCCGCUGCAGAUUGAGGUCUCGGACACAGAGCUCAACCAGAUCAAGGGCUGGAGAGUCCCCAUUGUCUCCAACAAAAGGCCGGCUCGGGACAGCGAGGAGGAGGACGACGAGGAGAGGCGGGGCCGCGGCUGCGCGCUGCAGUUCCAGCGCGCCCUGGGGCGGGUCCUCACACAGUUUGUGGCCGAGGCGGCCGGGCCUGGGGGACAGCUGGCCCACCUGCUGGGCGCGGACUGGCAAGUGGACAUCACAGAGCUGAUCGGUGACUUCAUGCAGGUGGAGGAGCCCAGGAUUGCCAAGCUGCAGAGGGGACAAAUCCUGACCGGGCAGGAGCUGGGCAUGACCACCAUCCAGAUCCUGUCCCCACUGUCAGAUGCCAUCCUGGCUGAGAAGACCAUCACUGUGCUGGAAGAGAAGGUGACCAUCACAGACCUGGGGGUCCAGCUGGUGACGGGACUGUCCCUCUCCCUACAGCUCAGUCCCGGGAGCAACAGGGCCAUCUUUGCCACUGCGGUGGCCCAGGAGCUGCUGCAGAGGCCCAGACAGGAAGCAGCCAUCAGCUGCUGGGUGCAGUUCAGCGAUGGCUCUGUCACUCCCCUGGACAUCUAUGAUGGGCAGGACUUCGCACUGGUGGCCACGUCCUUGGAUGAGAAAGUGGUCUCUGUCCAGCAGGACCCACGGCUCCAGUGGCCAGUCCUCGCAGCCGAGACAGAGGGACAGGGCACGCUGGUGAAGGUGGAGAUGGCCAUCAGUGAGCCAUGCCAGAAGUCCAAGCGCAAGAGCGUGCUGGCCGUGGGAACAGCCUCCGUCAGGGUCAAAUUUGGCCAAAGUGACGCCAACCCCAACAACAGUGACAUCCAGCGCACAGGGGAGGCCAGUCACCUGGAAAACAGCAUGGGUGAUGGGUCCACAAAGCUCCUGCCAGAAUGGGGGUCCCCGGACAGUCGGCUCCAGAGCAGCUCUUCCUCUGUGGGCCUCAGGGAGGGCCGGGGCGGCUCCACACCAAGGCCGAGCUUCCCCAGGGGCCGGGGUCAGGGCCAUGCGCAGGAGGACAGCAGCCCCCCGCACACUGUGGACCUCGCCGACCUCACCAGGGGUGAUACGGACAUGGAGGGCGGCAGCCUGGCCCAGGCACCCAAGGGCCUGAGUGACCUGGAGAUCGGCAUGUACGCGCUGCUGGGCGUCUUCUGCCUGGCCAUCCUCGUCUUCCUCAUCAACUGCGCCACCUUCGCCCUGAAGUUCAGGCGCAAGCAGGUGACGCUCGAGGGCCAGGAGGGCCUGAGCCGCGCACAUGACUGGGUGGGGCUGAGCAACCGGACAGAGCUGCUGGAUGCCCAGGCAGCCUUGAGCUCCUGCCCUGAGGAGCAGAUCACGGCCAUCGGCCGGGGCGAGGACCCAGAAGAGAGCAAGUACCUCCUGCUCGGCACAGGCGCCCCCGGCCCCAGUGGGCAGCUGCUCCCCCCCACGGAAGUUGCACCUGCAGACAGCGAGGGGCAGCGUGCUGAGCUGCCCACAUCCCCUACCUCGAAAAGGAAAAGAGUGACCUUCACGACCUUCACCGCCAUGGCACCAGGUAAUGUUCCAGCCAGCAGCGCCAUCGUGCUGAGCCAGGAGGCUGACAUCCAGUGGGCCUGCCAGGGCCGGGUGGCUGUGCGAGGAGGCGUAGGCCGGCACCUGCCAUUCCCAUUCACCUUUCAGCCUUUAACCCCGCACGUGUGGCCGCACCCCCAGAAGACGAGGCUUGCGCCAGCACCAAGGCCCCGUGUGGACGUGCACAGCAAGGUUGUUGAAAUGCAGAACCAAAUGAGCCUGUGUUGUGGCCUGGGGGAGAGUGGUCCCUCUCCGCCUUUGUAGAAUCCACACACACAGCCCCCCUGUGUUCAGCUGAGUGUGCCCGCUAGGUGGUAGGAAGUGUGUCCCUGGGAUUGGGAGCAUGCCUGGGCACAGCUAGCUCCAGGAGACGGCGAUUUCCCCAAGACAGGGCCAAACUGCCCAGGAGCAGACGCAGGACAGAGGGAACAAGUGGGCAGAUGGCCACAGCCAUGUGUAUAGCCACACACCAAGGUCACACACUCACCCACACUCACGCGUGCACACACUCGCGGUUCUUCUGAGUGCCCGGGUGGCCUCUUCAUAACUGAGGUCCCCAGCGGGCUGUGUGGUCUCAUCAGGGUCAAUGAUCUGAGCUCUUCCGCACCUCAGCACCUCACCCUUCCAGAAGCUGUGGGCCCGGGUGGCCAGGGAGGGUGGCGUCCAGCAUGCAGCCAGCCUCCUAUCCAGGCUCCAGCCUGGCUCCAGUGACAUCCCCCAGAAAGGAGCCAGGGGUCUUGGGGCUGAGCUGUGUCCGGAUCCAACACAGGCCGUGAGCACUAUCCAGCGCAGCUGCUCCUCUGCAAGGAAGAGGGCUGUCUGGUGAUGGGUCUGUCCCUGUCCACUGCUCAGAGGUGGGGCAGGGCGCACAGGGCCUGUCCGGAAGUGGCCCGGAUGGGGCUGUGCCCUGCAGGGUGGGAGGCCUGGUGCCCAGGGAGGCGGAGCAGAGCAGGCCCCACUGGUGGUCAGGGUGACCUGGGGCCCAGACCCUUCAGGGAUGACCAGCCGGGCUGGGCUGGACAAUCCUAGGCCCCUGCACAGGCCCAGCAGGACGGCAGAGUUGGCCUCUCGCUGGCCCUGGUGACUGGUGACUACCUUCUCCUCACCCGCUGCUCUUCCUGGCUCUGCCCACUUCCUUCUGCUUCCGCUCCACCCUGUCAUUUUCUCUCUGUCCCAUCUCCUCCUCCUGCUCCUAUCAUCCUCCCCUCUUCUCCUCUUCCUUCCUCCUCCUCCUCUCUCACUCCUUCUCUCUCCCUCCUGCUCACUGACCCCGUCCCCUAAGGACCACCGCAAGUCCCCGGCUCCCCCAGCUGUGGUGCUACAGGUGCUGAGACUUCGCCUGGGCCUCCUCACCCUCAUGACUGCCCUCCUCUCUGUCUCCUCCUCUCCUUUGUCCAAGCGACAUUCUUACCAUUGACCACUGCCUGCUCAGGUCCGGGGGCAGAGACGUCCUGUGGACGGAAGUGUGAUGUGUAUUUAUAAAGCGCCCACUGUACAUGGAUAAAUGUGCGCUCCAUGGCUGUGCUGUCUGGUGUCUCUGCUCCCAGCCCUCCCCACACUUGGCCUGGGCAAUGGAGACGCAGCUCUCAGGUCCUGGCACAGCCCAGCCGUACCCUGACAGUGCAUAGUGCGCUCUGCGCAUCAAGGGAGGGGACACACGGGGAUACAGUGCAAGGCGUGCUGAGCCCUCUUCUCCAGGGAGGGCCUGCAAGAGUUCCACAUGCAAGAGUCCCACAUCCCUCCUGAAAGACUGCUGAGGGGAGGAGAGCCGGGUGGGCAGCAGGGGUACUGUGCCUCCCCUGGGGUCCUUCAACCCAGGAAGCCCUGAGAUGAAGCCAUACAGGGCAGAGCUGGUGACGCCCAGCCACAGAGACACAGGGGCCCAGCCAGAAGUGACGAUGGCAGGCACCUGUUCACUGCCUGGAGCAGCUGGGGCAGACCUGGCCCACACAGGCCUUACUCACUGUUGGGGGACAGCAACCAGCAGAGCCACUUUCUGGCAGCCCCCAGGUUCACAGAUGACCACAGGGCAGGCUGCAGUGCAGUUAAAGACCAACAUUCAAACAUAAGUCCUCUGCACGAGACUCCCAGAUCUUCCCAGGCAUAUGCAUUUGGGGGGCAGCCCAACCCCGGGCGUGUUACAGGGGUCCCUCCCGCCAUCCUCCCAGUCAGAAGGCCCUUUCCAGUUGUCCCCAUGACCCUGCUGUUCACACAACAGGGGAAUAUUUCUCCUGUCUCCCCCCAUGAGGACAACAAAUCAGCAGGAUGGGCGAUCCUGUGACAGAGCCAGGAGCUUGCUGUCCGUGACGGAAGUGAGUCCUGCAGACACAGUAGCACUGUUUAAAGGGCACAGCCCAAGAUGCCAGAAGGUGGCCUAUGUGCAGAGCUCAAGGCGGCAGUGACAUGAAGCCACAAGGGGCUGUGUUCCCACAGGGUCUCUGAGCAUGAGCAGACAUCUCUGUGCUUCCCUGGCUCCUGGCCUGUGAGCUCCUUUGCCCCCCUGUGGGCUCCGGGGUCCCCAGGGCCCACCUCAGUGCCCCAGUGAGGUUGCAUCUGCUCACUGCCUCUCAGCCUGCAGGGACUUCACUGUGGCAGGACUGCAGACUGGGUGGUGUGAACAAUGCACACUUGGUAUUUCGCAGAUUGUGGGCAAAAUCUGAGAUUGAGGCAUUGGCGGAGAUCCAUUCUGGCCCCUCCCAGCCCGUGGUGUGCUCCUCCUGCUCCCUUGCCUUGUGCAGGUGUCACCCUGUGUCUGCCUGUCUCCACCUGGCAUUCUCUCCCUGAGGGGUUGGGGACCAGGGCAUUUUCCUGUGGACUUCUAGGACACAGCCCGGAAUGCUGGCCUCUGUCUGAAAGUCCCAAAGCCCGCCGCACCCCGCAUCACACCCACUUUGCAAAAGAGGAACAAAGCCCCAUGUUUGUAUCAGCUCCCCGAGCGGCCACACCAGCACCGCACAUCCAGUGGUUGAGGGCAGCAGCUCUGGAGGCUGAGUCGUACCCCAGCAUGGCAAGUUGGUCCCUUCUGAGGCUGGGAGGACGAUGGGCACCCGCACCUCUCCCGGCCCCGGGGCUGUUGGCCGUGCUAGGGCUGGGUAACUUGUGGAUGGUCACUACUUCUGCUGCAUCGUCUCCUGGCCCCUGGGUGGCUCUUUGUCCACACUCUUCAUUCUCUCUUAAGGGGCCCUGAGUGAGGGCCCCUCUACUACAAGACAUCAUCUCACCCUGGUUACCUCUGCAAUGACCCUGCCUCCACAUAAAGACAAAUUCACAGGUACUCAGCAUCAGGAUGCCAACAUUUUCUUCAGUAAAACACAGUUCUAACCAUCUCAAAGAGCAGUACUUGGCAAGGAAGAAACCCUGUCUUGCUAUUAAUCUUUUCACUGCAGGUGACCUAAAAAAAUAAGCGUCUCGGUCCAGUCUGUUUUCUUUAUAUACUGUGACAGAGCCAUGCUUACGGGAGGCAGCAAAUGACAAACCUUGUUUUGAGUGAAUGAGUGGGGGUGGAGGUUUGUUUGGAUGGACAGAUGGAUGGAUGAAUGGACAGACAGACAAAUACCAAUUUACAGAACAUGGGUGACGUAGGCUCAGUCUUAUACAUUAAGGUGACCGUCUAAUGGGAGCCAGGAGGUGGCUACUGCCAGAGGUUGAUCGUAACAAUUCUCACAGCUCUGCACUAGGGACUGGAUGCUGGACUUUUGCUGAGUCCUGUAGGGAAACAAUAGUCCAGAUCACUUCUUUCCCUCAGAGACACAGGGAAGGUCUCCUCUCCUCCAUAACCCUCGAUGGUUUCUCAUGAGGCCUCACCUCUGUGGACAAGGCCGGGUGUGACCAAGCCAUCCUGUCCUUCUAGCUGAAGUCCCUAGUCAGAGUCCUGCCCACUGUCUCCUGCCCGGCCAGUACCUCCCACAGAUACGGUUUACCCAGA